CAGAAUCCCUUUAUUUACAGCCAACUGUCUGCUGUCGUUGCGUCUGCUGUCUUUUUUGCGUGUUGACGUCUUGAUUUCAUUCGCCCUGGUUUUAUCUUCUACUGACUGCCAGAUUUAUUUUUCCUUGAAUCAUGAAUAAUGGAUAAGAAGCUAUACGAAUAUAGAGCGCGCAAGCGCAGAGAGGCUUUCUUGUCUAUGUCUUUCAUGAUGUUUGGAGGUUCUUCGGCGUCUAGUCCCUCCACCACUCCACCUAGUUCACCAGAGAGGCGAGGAGCAGAGGACAGUAGGGAAGAAGGUGUGGAUUCAGAUGACUCUACACACCACUUGCUGGGGACAUUUGGAUGUGACAAUGUUGAAAAUGGAGGAUCUGACGAUGAAGACGACUCAGGCUGCUCAUCCCCACCAUGGCUUUCUAUCACCCUAUACGCUUUGUACACACUCUUGUGGGCGACACUAAUGGGUAUAGCUGUCCAGCUAGAAUUUGGUGCUGUGUUUUUCAUUCUGUCAUUGUUGGUUCUAAUGUGGCUUAAUACACGCACAAAGAAAAAGAAACCAGGUGAACCAAGUGCCUAUUCAGUUUUCAACCCAAAUUGUGAAGCGAUUGAUGGCACAAUAAAACCAGAGCAAUUUGAAGCUGAACUAAGGUAUGGGGCAAUGCACUAAUGUGUUCCUUCACAAAACUCAAUUCUUCCAUUUCUGGCCUUUCAUUUAAAUGUGAUGGCAUGUCAGAAAUUAAUGAAGUUUUUAAUCUUAGGAUUUACCACUGAGUUAACAUGAGUUUUUUAAGAUUUAGCUUAUUUUACAACUCAUUUAACUCGAAAAAAUAAUAUCCUCUAGCAACGCAUAUCUUUGCAUUUCUGAUUGUAAAUCCCAAAUGCUGUCGUUUUUAUGUAGUCUCUCCAAUUUGCUGUGAAGUAUUGUUUUUGUUGAUAUUGCAUUAGAGUUGGCUUAUAUUGUGUGUUACUGUAUGAUUGAUAGAAGUUUCCCUUCUGGAUGUUGAAUUUAAUUAAUAUUUAGACGACAGUGAUAGUGAUAUAGCAAAAUGCUGUCAUAUCAUACUGGCUGUGAGUAGUGACUUAAACAAACAAAAUAAAGCAUAACUGUUAAUCUCAUUCUUUUAAUGUUUAUGUUCAGUGUACAAUUUGUUUCCAGGUCACAUAGCUGAAGUGAUAUAAUUUUCUGUCAUGUAAAAGGGGUCUUAAGAUCUCUAUCGAUAAAACUUUUCCAUUUUAUUUUAAUUAUGAUUGUUCUUUUUCCACUCUUCUCCUUUAAUUUUUUGGGGAUGCAAGUCUGACUUUUCUUUGUUUAUUUUACUUUUAAAACUUUUUAUGGUGUUAGAAUUAGACUAUAACUGCAAGAUUGUGGAGUGAUGACUGUUGACUUUAGGUAGAGUUGAGAAUGAUGCACAUUAUACUAGUAUCAUUGAUCAUUGCUCACAUGUACUAAACACUCUGCAAAUUUUGAUAGUACAAUGAAAUUUUCACGGUUGUGGAGAUAUCAUGGUCUCUGUUCAUUAUCACUGUUGGAUGCAAAAUAUUUUGAACACAAAAUCUUGUGCAAAUUGUGUGAUUAUUAUAUUGUUCUGUUUAGAAGUCCAGUUUAUUAUUAGACAAAUUAUACUUUUGGUUUAGUUGAACGAAUUCUAUACUAACAGGGGUCCUUUACUCAGGCUCAGAAAUUACUUUACUGUAAUGAUUUGAAUAGGGCCCAAAGUUGUAGCUAUGUGUUUUGGUGUUUAGUCCAAAGUGUGAUUUAGACCUUUCUGUUUUUGAGGAUAUUGAUCCUGCAGCAUAAUGAAUCUAUACCAAAUGAUGUCAGUUUGUUUAAAGUUAAGAUUGUGGUGCUUGUUUGUAGUAAGAUUAAACCGUUCACAUCAGAAUCCAUCCAACAACAUUAAAUUCUUCUCCUCAAAAAU